AUGUUGUCCAAGCACAGUAUCAUUCUUUCUCUUAUUUUCUUCUUUGUCACCGGCGAUUCCAGAGCUCUGGCCGGAAACAAUGAGCAGAAGAACAUAUCAGGCUUUUCCGGGUUUGACUUUCCGAAUCCGAUGCGCUUCGGUUCUCUUUCUUCUUCCACAAGCGACGAUUGCGGCUUCUCUUCGCCGGAGAACAAACCCACCAAGUUACUGGCCGAAGAAAGCAAGACGGUGAAGUUUCAUUUAAAGCGCCGGGAGACGAGGCAAGAAACAGAGAAGACAACAACAACAACAACAUCAUCUAAUUCAGUUCUUGAGCUCCAAAUCCGAGAUCUCACAAGAAUCCAGAUGCUUCACAGAAGAGUCUUGGAGAAGAAGAACCAAAACACUGUUUCCUCCAAACAGCAGAAACAGAAAAAAACACAAGUGGUACUUACAACUCCGGUGGCUUCUUCUCCUCCUCCGGAAGAGGAGCAGUCUGGUCAGUUGGUGGCAACACUCGAGUCCGGUAUGACUCUCGGUUCAGGCGAGUACUUCAUGGACGUGUUGGUUGGUUCACCACCAAAACACUUCUCCUUGAUCCUCGACACAGGAAGUGACCUAAACUGGAUCCAAUGCUUACCCUGCCACGACUGUUUCCAGCAAAACGGUGCGUUUUACGACCCAACAGCUUCCACUUCCUUCAAAAACAUAACUUGCAACGACCCAAGAUGCAACCUAGUCACAUCACCUGAUGAUCCUCCAAAGCCUUGCAAGUCAGAUAACCAAUCAUGCCCUUACUACUACUGGUACGGUGAUAGCUCCAACACCACCGGAGAUUUCGCAGUGGAGACUUUCACGGUGAAUCUCACGACCAACGGAGGGAGCUCGGAGUUGUACAACGUUGAAGACAUGAUGUUCGGUUGUGGUCAUUGGAACAGAGGACUCUUCCAUGGAGCUGCAGGGCUGCUUGGUUUAGGAAGAGGACCGCUUUCGUUUUCCUCUCAGCUUCAGUCUCUGUACGGUCACUCCUUCUCUUACUGCCUUGUCGAUAGAAACAGCGACACAAACGUGAGCAGCAAGUUGAUAUUCGGAGAAGACAAGGGUUUGCUGUCUCAUCCGAAUCUGAACUUCACUUCUUUCGUCGCCGGGAAAGAAAACCUCGUCGACACGUUCUACUACGUACAGAUCAAAUCCGUUCUAGUCGCAGGGCAAGUUCUAAACAUACCUGAAGAGACAUGGAACAUCUCAACGGAUGGCGCUGGGGGAACAAUCAUCGAUUCGGGGACGACGUUAAGUUACUUCUCUGAGCCUGCUUAUGAGAUCAUCAAGAACAAGAUUGCAGAGAAGUUGAAAGGGAAGUACCCUGUGUACAGAGAUUUCCCGGUCUUGGAUCCUUGCUUCAACGUCUCCGGACACGUCGGUAAUGUUCAGCUGCCUGAGCUUGGGAUUGCUUUUGUAGACGGUGCGGUUUGGAAUUUCCCGACGGAGAAUUCUUUCAUUUGGUUGAACGAGGAUUUGGUUUGCUUGGCGAUUCUUGGAACUCCUAAAUCGGCUUUUUCCAUCAUUGGAAAUUAUCAGCAGCAGAAUUUUCAUAUACUUUAUGAUACGAAGAGGUCUAGGCUUGGUUAUGCACCAACAAAAUGUGCUGAUAUAUAA